GCAGGUGCGAUGUUCAUCUGGUACUUUCUGGUGAUGGCUCGACCCAACAUCCACUUCAUUAAUUCACCAUGACUAUCUUCCCAGCAACCGACAAUCAACGCAUAACAAAAGCUAUCGCAAAAAGCAACGAUUAUGGCAACGGACCCAUCAAGUACCCGCUGUAGUUUGGUGGUACAUCUUCGGCCAUGGCAGCGCUAUUCUCUCACCCGCUAGAUCUAGUCAAGGUUCGGCUCCAGGCACAACAUCAUCACGGAGCUCUUGACAUGGCCGACACCUUCAAGCAUGUCUACAGACGCGAAGGCUUCUCAGGACUCUACAGGGGCAUAUCGGCAUCACUCUUGCGACAGCUCACGUACUCGACUGCCCGCUUUGCAACCUACGAAAAGCUCAAGUAUAUGGCCGAGGACGAUGGUGUAAAGGCUCCUCACACGCUACUCGUCGGGCUCGCUGCAGUUUCAGGUCUGGUGGGUGGUGUUGUUGGCAAUCCAGCCGAUAUCUUGAACGUCCGUAUGCAGAACGAUGCCGCUUUGCCGAUUGCUGAGCGCCGCAACUACGGCAACGCAGUCAGUGGAUUCAUCACGAUCGUUCGUGAGGAAGGUUGGAAGCAGAGCGUCUUCAGAGGCAUGGUACCAAACCUUGGGAGAGGCGUGUUGAUGACAGCCGGACAACUGGCUGGAUACGACGUGUUCAAGAUGGAGCUUCUGGCCCACACUGAGAUGCAAGAUGGUACCAUGACACACAUCGCUGCCAGUACUCUUGCUGGACUCGUUGCUACAACACUUUGCAAUCCCUUCGACGUGUUGAAGACGCGAAUCAUGGCCAAGAACGAACGUCUCGGUAUGUGGAAUACCAUCAAGACGGUGCACAGGAUGGAAGGACCAGCAUGGAUGUUCCGUGGAUGGCUACCAGCUUUCAUUCGAUUAGGACCUCACACUGUAGCAACUUUCCUCUUCUUGGAGCAACAAAAGAAGUAUUACAGAAAGCACUACGCGGAUUGAAGCAGAUAUGGUGGAGAUGGUGAAAGCUGAAAGCUGCCGAGUGCACACCAAAAAGUCAAUUGGCCUAGAUCCCUAGAUACAUUAUCCAACCUGUGUUGUCUUCAUUAACAAUGAGCAGAUGCAUUCGAGGUCCCAGCAGACCCUGAC